AUGGAAAACUUCACAAGAAGCCUUUCGAGAAGCCUUUCGAGUUCUGUUGAUGCGAAUAGAGUGUGGAGGAGAACAACACACGGAGGGUUUGAUGGUGGGAGGAGCAUGAGGACUAUCUAUCUUGGAGAGGACAACCAUGGAAGGUUUUCGAAGAUCAAGAAGAUGUUUAACUUCAUUGGCUCCAAGAAAAAUGGGAAAGAUGCUUCAAAGGCUCGUCCAUCAUCCAAGAUUUCUAGUUCCAACGAUGAAUUUCAGAGUCGAUUGCUUGUUGAAAUUUACAAGAAUAUGUCCUCUAUACAUGAACUAGGUUCAACUUAG